GCGGAGGCGGGGGAGGCGCGCCGCCGCUUCCGCCGCCCGCGGGGAUCCCCCGGGACUGCCGCCCGGGGCAGUCCCGGUGCGUGCGGGUACAAGAGGCAGCUCCGGGGCCCCACGCCGGCAGUCCCCAGCGAUGUCGCGCGGCCUUCAGCUCCUGCUUCUGAGCUGCGCCUGCAGCCUGGUGCCCGCGGCGCGGGAGGUGAAGGUGGCCUGUUCGGAGGAUGUGGACUUGCCCUGCACUGCCCCCUGGGACCCGCAGGUCCGCUACGCGGUUUUCUGGGCCAAGCUCACAAAUGGCAGUGCAGAGAGGAUGGAGGUGCCCCAGGAAGACCUGCAGUACUAUCAGCAGAGGGCCUCUUCAGAGGCCCCCAGGGAAAGGCUGUAUUCCCUGAGGAUCCAAAACACUACCAGCUGCAACUCGGGGACCUACAGGUGCACUCUGGUGGAUCCAGAAGGGCAGAGAAACCUCAGUGGCACCAUGAUCUUGAAAGUGACAGGAUGCUCUAAGGGACGCAAAGAAGAGACUUUUAAGAAAUACAGAGCUGAGGUUGUCCUGCUGUUGGCUCUGGUCAUUUUCUACGUGACACUCAUCAUUUUCACUUGCAAGUUUGCACGACAGCAGAGUAUUUUUCCAGACUUUCUUAAACCUACCGUGGAACAUGCUUUUCUCCCAGUUACCUCCCCAGAUAAGCAUUUGGAGCCAGUGACUCUUCACAAGACAGAACUGGUGUGAGCAGGAUUUCUGCAGACUGUUUUCCAAGGUUGAAGGCUCCGUGGUGUGCGUCCACAUCACACCGAACAGGAGAAGCCUGGGCCCCACACUGAACGCACCGUCCUUCCUGUGAAGCCCUUCGCUUGACUGAAACAUCCAGAAGUGGAUCCCACUCCACUUUUUGUGAGCGGGGCCUUGAAAAUUGUGACAUGACCGCAAAGCACGGGGCCGCCUACAGGGUGCUUUUCAGUGCUGCUUCUUUAUGACCUUCUUAGCGUUUUAUUCAGCUAUCUGGUCAACCUCUUGGACAGGUUUUUUUUUUUUUUUGUUUUUUGUUUUUUUCUUCAGUCUUAGAAAAGCUAUGGUGAGAUGCAGUUGGAAAAGGACCUUGGGAUAUAUGAAUGCCUGGAGUUGGCCCUGUGUAGACCCUUGAGGGCAGCUGUCCUCUUCCACAUCUGGAAAACAUCUCUGAAUUUGCUGUGUUUUCUUGUCUAAGCCCAGAUGUUUUAUGUCUGGGAGAAAGUGACAGGCUAAGCUGAGAGACAGAGGGAAAUAUUUAGCAAAUAGUUUCCCGGCAUGAAGGCCCUGCUAUUACCAAGGAGUAUGAUGUGUACGCAGAAAUAACAGGUCGAUGAACUGUCCCCAACAGGGCCUUUUUAUCUGGGAAGGGCAUCCAUAAAGAAGCAAUAGAGAAGAAUGUCACAAUUAUUUUUAUAUCUGUGUAUACUUGUCAAAGAAGGAUUUGUGCUGCUUCUCCUUUUGAAAUCUGUAUCUUCAGUUAGAUAUCGUUGUUAACUGACAAGCAACCUGUAUAUGGAGGGUGAGAAGAAGUGGGAAACUGUGACAAUAGGAGGGAGAGCUAUUUAGGGACCUGAUGAAAAUGCUGGACCAAUUGUGCAAACUGGAUGCUGGCCCCAGUUGUCCCACUACUUAGCUGUCUGAUCUUGGACAAGAUCCUUAUGGUUUCUACUUUCUCAGUUGUAAACCAAAAGGUUGAUGUAUGAGUUGAUUGAAAAAAACGUAUGUGAAAAUUCUUUGAAAGAGUAUAAAGCACUAUCAAAAUUCCAAA